CAGCUGUUUCUCUAUUAACUGCGACAAAAAAAAGCCGUGCAUUGCACUAAUGCAACUGCGAAAGUUUGUUUUUUAUUUGGAAUUUUACUGUUUAAUUCAUUAAUAAACUACAUUCGAACAUUGUGGAAAAUCAUCUACAACUAAUUAUGGGUUGCAAUGACGCUGCUUCUGUACAAAAACUGGAAAAGCAUUUGUCUCUUUUAAAAGAGGAAUAUACCAAACUGCAAAGGAGCUAUGCAGAUGUAGAGCGAAAAUACAAUGAAUUGGCGGCAGUGUCAUCAGCGGAUGUUGACUCAAGCAGUUUUGUGUCCCGUCUUGCUCUAACAGUCGCCUCUUUAUAUGGACGUUCCACCUAUUCCGAUGUCAAUGUUAGGACAAGCACAAAGGUUAUACCAGCCCAUAAGUUUGUACUUCAUGCACGUUCGGAAGAAUGGCGGGAGAUAUUGGCUAACGAGGAAGAGCUUGAUUGGAGUGAUUUAGAGGAGGAUAUUGUUUUGGCUCUUUUGCGUUGGAUUUACACCGACAUAGUUGAUUUGCAUCAUGAUCGCCUGGCCCUGGGAUUGCUGAGAGUAGCCUAUCGUUUCAGUUUGCCAGCUCUACUGGGUCUGUGCGAACGAGCAUUGGUGGCAUCGGUAGGAGUUCGAUCCUGUGUCCGUUUCUAUUGCGUUGCCGAAGAAGUGCGCGCCGCCACUCUGCUUGAGUAUUGCUCCGGAAUUAUAUCGACCCACUGGGAUGAUCUAACACCCCAAGACUUUGAGCAUAUGUCUGGACCAUUGCUUUUUAAAAUGCUAAAAAGUAAAACGAAAUAUCCGUUGCAUGCAGCUGUGAGGCUCUUACGCGAGGACGUUGUGUUCCUGUGCCUUGUCGAAAACGAUGGAGCGCUACCAGAGCUGGUGAAUAGUCUCUCUGAACAUGGACAAUUGCCACUGCAAAUGGCUUUGGCUGCAAAGAAUUUGCAGAUUGCCCAGACACUCGUCAAGAACGGAAGCGCUAAUCUGAAUGCGUAUGAUGCAGAUGGUUCAACACUGCUAAUCGAUGCCAUUAAGAAGGGUGACGAAUUUGCUGCAAACUUUCUAUUGGAUCAUGAUUGUCUGCUAAACCUUUCAUCUAGGCCUUCGGCAGACACUGCAUUGCAUAUUGUGUGCAGUUAUGUGGAGAAUCAGUCCAAUCAUGAGACGUUUCUGAGUAUAAUCGACAUUGGCAAACGAAUUUUAGAGCGUAAACCCAACGUUAAUAUCCAAAACUUGCAAGGCGAUACACCAUUGCAUAUUGCGAUUAAACAACAAAAUCAUGAAAUGGUUAAACUCUUGCUUGCAACUUCUGGAAUUGACAUCAAUUUGUGCACUUCGGAUGAAAAAACGGCACUGGAGUUAAGUUUGUCGCUACAAAAUCCAAACAAGGACAACACCUUGGCGGCUAAACUUCUGGAAAUGGGUGCAGAUCCAAACGCGGUGAAACUUGGAACAGGAAACAGCCUGCUGCAGGUUCUUGCUUUAAAGGGAGAAGAAUUCGAAGAGGCGGCUAUGUUUUUGGCCGACUUUGCCAAUCUGGAUCACAUCAAUGAGCAGGGAUUAAGCACCCUGCAUAUUGCAGCUAAGAAUAAUUUGUCAAAGCUUGUUUUAAAGCUGCUCCAGAAAGGCGCAUCGUGCAAUUUGCAGACAAGUACAGCCGACAUGAAAUCGGCUCUGCAUAUGGCCGUAGAAGAGAACUCUGUGGAGGCCAUUCAAGCAUUUACACAAUAUAAGAGUGAUGGAAAAGGCGAUGGGGAGAUACCAAAUUUCAACUGCAAAGAUAAUAAAGGCAAUUCACCGCUAAGUCUUUGCUUGGAUUUAAACAAAACUGAGCUGGUUCCCAUCCUCAUUGAGGGCGGAGCGGAUGUUAAUGCCAGAAAUGGAGAAGACUUGACACUACUGCAUCAGUCCAUACUUAAUAAAGACACUGACACCGCAAUCUUUCUACUUGACCAAGGCGCUGAUGUCAACGCACUUACGGGAAAACAGGAAUCCUCAUUACAGUUAUCUAUAGCAAGUAAUUUACCCAAAGUGGUGAAUGCCCUUUGUGUUAAGGGAGUGGCCCUUAGCUCCCCAGACAACAAUGGUGACCCGCCUCUGUGGACUGCUUUGGAAUUAGGUUACGAGGAUGUGGCCCAAGUGCUUGUACGUCAUGGCGUUGACACUGACUGUUGGAGUCAAGGCCCAGAAGGUUGCCAGCAAACACUCUUACACAGGGCCAUAGAUGAAAAUAAGGAAUCGAUUGCCAUAUUUUUAAUUCGUAGCCAAUGUGACCUAGACUCAUCCCGUCAGCCUGGCCCCAAUGGAGAAGGGGGCGAUGAGGCGCGAGAAAAAUCAUCGCCACUGCAUCUAUGUUGUCAAUGGGGACUUACGAAAGUACUGCAAACCCUCAUUGAUCAUGGAGCGAAUGUAAACGCCCUCGAUGUAGAUAACAAAACGCCCGUUCAUAUAGCUAUCGAGAAUCAACAUGAAGAAAUUAUAACUAUACUUCUUUGCCAUCCGGGAAUCGAUUUAAAGCUAAGAGACAAGACUGGCAACACACCAUUUGCAACGGCCUUAACUAUUCGAAAUCACAAAGCGGCGCAACGCAUUCUUGACCGACUUCCCAAUGCCGCCGAGCAAAUGGAUCAGCGUGGUCGCAAUUUCCUUCAUUUGGCUAUUAUGAAAGAUGAUCUCGAAAGUGUCCUCUUCCUGAUAGCCAUUCAAGUAGAUGUGAACUCUCGGGUUCAUGAUGCAAAUCAAUCGACUCCAUUGCAUCUGGCAGCUUCUUCACAAAUUGAAAUGAUUACUCGUAACCUGAUUUUGGCUGGCGCUCGUAUAAAUGAGCGCGAUGCUUGCCAAAAAAUUCCAUUGCACAUUGCAAUUGAACGUGGCAAUCUUUGUGCCGUCUCCGCUCUGAUCCAGAACAAUGCUGACUAUGAUGCCACCGAUGCAGAAGGCAACAACGCACUUCAUCUGGCUGUUCGCAGUGGCCAGAUCUCUGUAGUUCGUGAGCUGCUUACCGAGUCGCGAGUCAACGCAGAGGCCACCAAUCAAAAAGGACGAAAUCCACUACACGAACUAUGUCGUCUUGUUGAGGAUAACAACGCAGCAGCUAUUUGUGAGCUAUUCCUUGAGUGUAUGCCAAAAUAUCCGAUUAAUACGCCCGACAUGGACGGAAAUACCCCGCUACUUUUGGCUUUUAUGCGAGGGCAGGCGCCGCUUUGUAAAGUUCUAGUUAAAAUCGGAGCUUGUCUAGGCACCGAGAAUCGAGAAGGAAUCAAUAUUUUCAAUUUCAAACUGGCAACUGAUCAGCUUCUCCACAAGCUGCUGGAUCAGCUGCCACAAGAAUCACCCUGGGCGGAGUCUGACUCGUGUCAAGAGUGCAACACUCGUUUUACAAUUACCAUGCGAAAACACCAUUGUCGGCAUUGCGGACGAGUAUUAUGCUCGAAAUGUUCGAACAAUGAUGUGCCUAUUAUUAAGUUUGGGGUUAACAAACCAGUUCGAGUUUGCAGCGUUUGCUUUAAUGUUCUUCAAUGUGGAAACGGUUCGAUAUCGUAACCAUUAGCACACUAACCAGAUGUUUAAAUGUCAUACACAAAAAGCCUUAAACACAAUUUAUUGUAAUUGGCAGCCUCGAUCAAUGCUUUGUUAAAUUAUGAAUAGAUCUAUUAAUUUAAGCUAAACAAUGGCCCUACACUCUACGUCUAUUGAGUGAAAAGCCCAAACAAUAACAAGCCAUUCCAGUUCCAUCGUUUAUGUGUCAAGAAAUUAUAUUUCAUAUAGUCAUUUGUAAAAUGCUCUAAACUAUACAACUAAAUGUAAAAAAGAACCAGUUUCCAAAUAAACAUAACUACUACUAACUCAAA